UAUUUUCAGUUCCUCUUCAAUAUUUUUUCCUUUUAACUCUCUCUUUAUAUAGAAUAUAUAUACUUACAUACACAUCGUUUCUUUUACGUCAAAAGUACUAAAUCCCAGAAAUCAAAUAUCCCUCAGACCUCAUUUUUCUUGCAUGAAUCUGAUCUGGGUUUUGUUUCCUAAGCAAAUCCCAGUUCUAAAUCUCUACUUUUUUUGCUUUAUAUACAUAUAUAUUUACAUAUAUACACGUACCAACAAUUGGAUAGUAGUUACACCUCAAGAUUUUUUUUUUAAUCGCCACUUUUUCAGAGAUGUUUUUUUAAUCUGGCUAUAGGUUUUUUAAGUUUUCCGGUGAUUUGCUAGUUCAGAAUAAUUCAGUGAGCGUCAAUUGGAUAAGCGGAUCACAUGGAGGCAUCAACGGCCCUGAUGAUCUUAUCAGCUGUAGCGGCGUAUAUGAUAUGGUUCAGAUUGAUCUCGGGGUCAAUGAAAGGUCCACGUGUUUGGCCCAUAUUCGGAAGUCUUCCGGGCCUAGUCCAGCAUUCUCAACGCAUGCAUGACUGGAUCGCGGAAAAUCUACGCACGUGUGGCGGCACGUACCAGACUUGCAUAUGUGCGAUCCCAUUCCUGGCUCGGAAGCAAGGCCUCGUGACUGUCACAUGCGACCCGAAAAACUUGGAGCACAUCUUGAAGGUCCGGUUUGAUAAUUACCCCAAGGGCCCCACUUGGCAAGCCGUAUUCCAUGAUCUGCUGGGUGAUGGGAUCUUCAACUCUGAUGGUGACACGUGGGUGUACCAGCGUAAGACUGCCGCGCUGGAAUUCACCACCCGUACGCUCCGCCAAGCCAUGGCUCGGUGGGUGAGUCGUGCCAUCAAGCUUAGGUUCAUCCCGAUCCUCGAGACGGCUCAACGCGAAGCCAAGCCGGUUGAUCUUCAGGACCUCUUGCUUCGGCUCACUUUUGACAACAUAUGCGGCUUGGCGUUCGGGAAGGACCCGCAAACGUUGUCUGCUGAGCUUCCAGAGAACAGCUUUGCUACGGCUUUUGACCGAGCCACCGAAGCCACGCUACAACGCUUCAUUUUGCCUGAGAUAAUGUGGAAGCUCAAGAAGUGGCUCGGGCUUGGGAUGGAAGCCAGCUUGAGCCGAAGCCUCAAACAUGUGGACGAGUACUUGUCCAGCAUCAUCGAAACACGCAAGCUUGAGUUGCUGAGUCAACAAAAUGGUGCAAGUGGGGCCACACAUGACGACUUGCUGUCCAGGUUCAUGAAGAAAAAGGAGUCAUUCUCAGACGAGUUCCUCCAACACGUGGCGCUGAAUUUCAUCCUAGCUGGACGCGACACGUCAUCAGUCGCGUUGAGUUGGUUCUUUUGGUUGGUGACUCUGAACCCCAAGGUGGAAGAGAAGAUCCUCACCGAAAUUUGCACGGUUUUGUUAGAGACGCGUGGUAGUGACCUCCAUAAGUGGGUGGAAGACCCGCUAGCGUUUGAAGAAGUUGACCGAUUGAUAUAUCUUAAGGCAGCAUUAUCCGAGACCCUUAGGUUGUAUCCUUCGGUGCCGGAGGACUCUAAGCACGUAAUUUCUGAUGACGUUUUGCCCGACGGGACAUUUGUGCCGGCGGGCUCAUCCAUCACCUAUUCGAUUUACUCCACUGGCCGAAUGAAGUACAUUUGGGGCGAAGAUAGCCUAGAAUUCAAACCCGAGAGGUGGUUAAGCUCUGAUGGAAAAAUAUUUGAGGUGCGAGAUUCCUAUAAAUUUGUGGCAUUUAACGCGGGUCCGCGAAUUUGCUUAGGGAAGGAUUUAGCUUACUUGCAAAUGAAGUCAAUAGCGGCGGCAGUGCUGCUGCGACACCGGCUCACCGUGGUGCCGGGCCACUCUGUCGAGCAAAAGAUGUCAUUGACGCUGUUCAUGAAGUAUGGCUUAAAGGUCAGCGUACGACCAAGGGACUUGAAGCCGAUUUUGGCAAGAAUAUGCAAAAGUGACUCGUGCGCUAAAGAGGCCCUCACCAACGGUAACCACGAAGGGGGUGUUGAAUUGUUGGCCGGUGUUGCCUAGUAGGGGUAAUCAUUAUUGGGUUUUUGAACUUUUUAAGGUUUAAAGUUUUAAUUUUGAAUACAAGGCAUAUAGUAGUACUUGGGGUAAAUAAUCAAGGUAAAGUUUAGAAGCAAAGAGUCUAUUUGUGAUUCAUUAUGACGGGUGCUUCUCAUCUUUGGUGGGGUUAUUGGUUUCCGUCAUGGUAAAUCAUGAUAGCUUCGCUUUAGUGUUUAAUUUGUGUUCCAAAUCAAUAAAGGAGAUGAAUAGACUUAAUAGUGGAGUAGUAAGUUAGUUUUGAUUAUGAGCCAUUUUAGGUCUCUCUCAUCUCACAUGGCACAUAUAUAUUGGGUAAGCAUAGUAUAUCCAUUCAUGGAAAUAGAAUUUGUUGUAUUACCAAAAUACUAUUACUAUAUAUAUAUAUAUAUUAAUAUAUAUUUUUGGCUUUUUUGGGGGUAUAUGUAUUUGGUAUACAUGAGUAGUAUGUAUGAAGUACUGUUUGAUAUAAGAAGCAGACAAAGUUAAUUCA